UGAUCACGUGUUGACUCGUAAUCCGGUAUAGGGGAGGAGAAAGCCUAUCUUCGCUUCAUCUAUAGCCACAGCCUCCUGAUCCUGAUCCUGCUGCCCUGCCUCCUGUCUCCAGCCUCCACACACUCCUCAGCAGCCCAGAGUACUUCUAAACUCCUUGUGGGGUUGUCAAGUCUGUUGGCGUAGGAGUCUCCCAGCUCCUGCACUGCACUUGAAGGGUUGCCAGACAGCGCGGGGUAGCAUCACAACCUCCAGACUCAGCUGUGAGGGACAAGGAGGGAGGAAGGGGUGUGCUGUGUGCUGCCACUGUCACCCCUGCAGCCGUUGUGGCCUGUGCACAUCGGGGGGGAAGGAUCUGCUUCAUUUACCUUGUUUGUAAACUUAUUCAUUUCUUUGUAACUUUAUUUUUGGCUGUGGCCGCCUCGUGUGUUCAGUUGUACAAGUUUCUUUUGUAUGGUUAUCGGCAAUGUUGUGCCUUACCUGCAGCAACAUAACUGUGAUGGAAUGAAAACAUCAAGCUGUAGGAUUAGGCUUACUAAUAUAAUUAUAUAUUUUUUUCUCUCCCAUAUACUAUAAAAAUGUUGACUGUACUUGCUGUAUAGGUAUACUGUACGAGUUAUGUGUUUCAUCCCAAAAUAUGUUUAGCACAGUAGUGGCAACACAAUGCAAUGUUCCGUAACUUGUCUUAUCACAUCCACAAGUGAACCCUGAUUGUGGUGGUGUUGGUGGUGGUGGUUGGGGUGGCUGCGAGGCAAGAACACUCACAUGCUCCAGCGACUCACUCAGUAACUUCAUUAAUCUGAUUUUGUGGCCGGUGGUUCUGCCAUCAGCUUAACAGUGUGUGUCAGUGUGCUUGCAGCGCCCGGCCCGGCCCCCGCCACCACAGCCACACCACAGGCCCACCUCAGGGCUUUGUGUAGCACCUGUUAAUAACAAGUGUGUGCAUACUGAGUUGUCAUGCCUCAUAUUUUUGAGGUAGAUUUCUGUUUCUAAGAGACAAUUUCUGCAUUGCAGUUCAGAGUUAAAUAUUUUUUUCUAUGAAUCCUAAACAGAAUGGCUCCUGAAGCAUCAUGAGUUGUCAAGCCCUGACUCAGUGCCUUACAACCUCUGUGUUAGUCCUUGACCACCUUCUUCUUUAUCAGUAAGUCACUCCCCAGGCUAACCACAGCUUCCUGCACGGGACCGCUGCUGCCUGAAGGAGUCUCCCGCCCCAGCGAGUCAGUAAGUCAGCCGGAGGUCUUGCCGGCCACGGAGGGAGGGGCCAGCGCUGCAAGGGACCAGCCGGUAAUGCUUUAAGUUUGACCUCUAUCAUAAAGUCUGUCUUAAGGAUACAUCCCAUCCUUCACCACCCCACAGGCUGCCUUAGGGAUUCCUGGGGUUAGGGAUGGACGAUGGACGUGGACUGCUGGACGCCGUGACUGCAGGACGCUGACUGUAGGAUGCCAUGACCACAUUCCUCGCUGAUCCUGCCCAUCGUGGCUGUUGCUGGAGGGGCCGUGGGCGACAUCCUUGAGGUAGACUAAUCACCAUCACCACCACCACCGCGCACUGCUGCCACCACCAGGGCCGCCCACCAGACUGUGACCUGAACCACCUGUGUCGUGUGUUCGUGUGUGUGUGUCGGGUGUAUGUACGCACCGGCACAACGCAAGUGUCAGUGUCAUAACCAGUGUGUUUCCGCUCUACUGCAAAGCCACGAGUGUUAGUCAGGUGAUUGCCCGUAAUUUUACACGAGUUGUGACUGCGAUUAAGAAACAUAACGUGUGUAUUUUUUUUGCGUGUGUGUGUGUGUGAGGUGGUACUGCAAUCCCACAACUGUCAGUCACCCGAUCGCCUGUAUUUUCUGCACUCAAGUCAUGACCGCCAUUCGAAAAGCCACAUAACAUCACCACCACGAGUUAUCACAGACAUCUCCACUCUGGAUCUUCACCCACCACAGAUGCAGAAGAGAAGGAGAACCAGAGAACCAUAGAAUUUCCAUCCCUAGUGUUUGAGGUCACCAGCAUUACCGAGAGAUACCAGAGGAAGCGUGAUGCAGCGAUUGUGCGUCGUGAUAGGUGCAGAGAGAUGGCGAACCAGGGAAUCAUAUGCCUUUCACCUCCCUGUCAUAUCACCAUCAUCACCAGCAGUAGGAGGUAACAGCGACUUCGGGCAUCUGGACCUUCAGUGAACAUCUUCCUGGGUGCUUCCGUGAUGGGACCCUCUGACAGCUAGGUUAUCCACUCGCCUAUAGUUCCUUUGCUUAUGCUAGACUUGAGUUCUGGGACCCUGUGACAGCUAGGAUAUCCACUCGCCUAUAGUUCCUUCUCUUAUGCUAGACUUGAGUUCUUGCGCAGACUAACACAGGACAGUCCAUCAGCUCUCCUCGUAAAGCUGAUUUGCCGUACCGAACCCAUUGAAAAAAAGGGAAAACACAAGUGCCGACAGUCGACUCCUACGCAUUUUCGAUCGGUGAAUUUUAGUGUCGUGCAGUGAUACAAAGAGAGAAGGAGAGAGUGACGGAUCGGGGGAACAUCCGGCGAUGCUUCUGCCGCGGUCACCCCCUUGAGGGAAGCUUGUACGAGGGGACCGGGCAUCGUAGGAAUAGUGUUACGUGACGGAGCUGAGUUGUCGAGUGUUUCGUAGUGGUGUGACAAACGGAAAUGCGAUGAUGUAGACCGAGAAGAAGAUGGAGGGCCGCGACGUCGAUGGUGGAGCAGCGGGAAUGGACGACGAAGCCAAGACGACGACGAUUCCAGACGUAAUGAGUAAGGGAGUGAUGGAAAACGCAGCGGAUGGAAACGAUGCAGAAAUACGAGAGGUGGUGAGCGUAGAGGCGACAGCAGUGAAUUCCAAGGCCAGUCAUGACGUAAAAAAAGACGGAGUGGAGGAAGAAGCAGAUAAAAAGAAGAUGGAAGAAGUGGAGAACGUGGAAUCCGUAAAAACAGGAGACGUGGAGGAAACGGAGAUCGGAAAGCGAGAAAAAGCUGCAGAUGUGGAGAAAGAAAAUGGAGAGAAGAAAGAAAAGGUCGCAGAUGUGGAGGAAACGAACGGAAGAAGGGAGGAAAGAGUACCAGGUGUGGAGGAAACAAAGGGAGACGAGGCAGCGGGCGCGGAGGAAAGUGGAGCGAAAACGGGUGUGGAGGAGGAACAAGCCAUGGCGGGUGUGGAACCAGCGCAUGUGGACCAGGAGACAGAGGCAGGUGUGGAAGAGGAGCCUGCACAUGUGGAAGAAGGGAAGGCGGGUGUGGGACAGCCUGCAGGCGUGGUAGACAGUCCACACCCGCUAACUGUGUCGCCCCCCCUGAAUGAUGAGGCAGGCGACGGCGGCGACGACUCGGACUACAUCAACUUCGACGACUUUGAGGUUGUUGACGAUGCAUUUGACGAGGAGGAGGAGGCGGAGGAGGAGGAUGGUGGAAGUGGAAGAGGUGGAGACAAGGCUGAACGACCCUCCACUCAGCACCACCAUCCUCGCCAAGGACGGUCAAACACGGUCUCAUCACGGUCGAAACGAGGUCACCGUAGCAGGUCGCGGGAGAGGUCAAGAAGAAGUAGAGAUGACCCCAAGGAUUCGAGGGAUAAGGGGAGUUACUCUAAGCCAUCAAGGACAAGUUCGAGGUAUAGGGACGGUAGGAGUUCGAAUACACGCUCGAGGAAAGACGACGAAGGGAACGACAGGAGUAGACGCAACGUGAGGUCUCCGAGGAGGACGUAUAGUUCGGAGAAGUCAAGGAGGAGGAGAUCGAAAACCCCCCGGAAGGAUCCACCCUCGUCCUCCUCCAGAAAGGGAUCGUUAUCCUCAUCAUCAUCGAGAAAGGGGGCCUCGUCAUCCGCCCAGAAAUCAGCGUCUUCAUCAAGCAACAGAGCUAAACUAUCAUCAUCCGCGUCCUCAUCCACACCGAGAAGAGAGGCACCAUCAACGUCAAGCUUCCAAAAAAAACCAUCGUCAUCCGCACCAACUCCCAGACAGGAGAGAGACGCGGGUGAGGAGUCCGGCAGGAAACCAGACCGAGACCGAGAGAGCAAGACUGCACCAGAUGAGACCAAAAGGAACGGUGUCAGAGAGAGAGUAAACCAGAAAGGAGAGGCUGCAAGUUUGACCCCAAGUGAAGGUAAACAAAGAGUGAUCGGAACUUUCAACCCGAGCCUUCCCCAGACCAACCAGCAAGGCAUAGAGGCUGCAAAUCUAACCCCAAGUGAAGAUAAACCAAAAAAGACUUCAACCGUAAACCAGCACCUCUCCCAGACCAACCAGAAUGGCGUAGAGGCUGCAAAUUUGACCCCAAGUGAAGAUAAACCAAAAAAGACUUCAACCGUAAACCAGCACCUCUCCCAGACCAACCAGAAUGGCAUAGAGGCUGCAAAUUUGACCCCAAGUGAAGAUAAACCAAAAUUGACUUUAACCGAAAACCACAACCUUUCCCAGACCAACCAGCAAGGCGUAGAGGCUGCAAAUUUGACCCCAAGUGAAGAUAAACCAAAAUUGACUUUAACCGAAAACCAGAGCCCUUCCCAGACCAACCAACAAGGCAUAGAGGCUGCAAAUUUGACCCCAAGUGAAGAUAAACCAAAAUUGACUUUAACUGAUAACCACAACCUUUCCCAGACCAACCAGCAAGGAGUAGAGGCUGCAAAUCUAACCCCAUAUGAAGUUGAACCAAAAUUGACUUCAACCUUCAACGAGAGCCUUCCCAAGACGAACCAGCAAGGCAUAGAGGCUGGAAAUCUAACCGUAAGUGAAGCUAUUGAAAAGACUGGAAGCGAAAACCGAGAUCCUUCCGACAACACCAAAGAUAGAGAGAACCAAGAUGUCUUAAUGGAUGGCUCUGUACCUCCAAGUGAAGCUCGUAAAGAAGGAGAGAAUGGGAGUGAAAACGAAGGCAGAGACACAAAGAAAACGGAGAUCAGGAAACAGGAAAACGGGAAGAAAGAAAACGAAGUGAAAUCUGGGAUAGAAACAAAAGAAAAGAGUGUAGAUAGUAAGGUUGAAGUUGAUGUAGAUGGCAAGGCUUUACGGAGACAUACAGAUACAGUCAUGAAAUUGGAACCCACUGAAAUUGCCGUACAGGAAAAGGUCUUAGGAUCAAAUAGUAUAGAGCUCGGUAACACGGAAUUGAAACCCGAGAACGUAGACUCAAGCCUAACCGACAUUGCAAGAGACAGCAUUGACCCGGACUAUAAGGGAUUGAAACCCACUCUCGGAGAAUCACAAGGAGGAUCAACGACACAAAACAAGGGAUUAGGAGGAUCGAAAACACAACCACAACCACAAACAGCAACCGAGAACAGGAAACCCAAGAAACCAACACCAUCUAUGAGAACCAGAGCAACCAGACGGGCCGAACCGAACGCAACCAUAACCGAAACAACCGAAACGAAGCAGGAGGAAGCAUUGCAACCACCGAACAACCAGGCAACCAAAAACGAGAUGGGUAUUGCCACCAGAACGAGGCGCGGGAAGCAGACCAAGAAAGUGACCAGUCCACCAGUGCUUCCCUUACGACGCAGCACCAGAGGGAGAAAGCAAGUGGAUGGGGCGAAAGAGGAACCCACUAGGCCCUUGACGGCGGGUGGUAAGGACGUGGAGGUGGAUAUUAGGGAUGGAAGUCAAGGUAUCCACGCUCGUAAUGUGGAACGGAUCGCCGAGGAUGAGGAAAACGGCGAAGGUGGUAAAAAAAUAUCGCCGCCCAGUACCGUCAACCUCGUAAUGGCAGACGAAAUCACGAAUUUUGACGCCGAGGAAAAAACAUCAAAAUUAUCAAACGCACGAUCGGCAAGUGAAGACAGGGGCACCGAGGGGGAAGACAAACCUAACUUAACCCCUCCAGAAGACAACCAGGAUAUACCACCACAGGAAGACACUCACACCGCACCGAAAGAGGACAAAAGUGAGAAGCCUGAGAGUGGAAGCGAAGACAACCGUUCACACACGCACGAUGAAGACAAGCCUCCGCAGGUCACCCAGGCGGAGGAAAGGGAUCUUGGGGCAUCACAGAAGAGGGUCAAAGAAGAAAAACGUGACCUGGAAAUGGAGAAAGUCGGGUCAGUGGGCGACAGAGAGGGACAGAGGAAGGAUGAGACGAAGGAAGGGGAUUUUGAGGCAUCACAGAAGAGGGUCAAAGAAGAAAAACAUGACCUGGAAACAGAGAACGCCGGGUCAUUGGGAGACAGAGCGGCACAGGACAGGGAUCUUGAGGCAUCACAGAAGAGGGUCAAAGAAGAAAAACAUGACCUGGAAACAGAGAACGCCGGGUCAUUGGGAGACAGAGCGGCACUGGACAGGGAUCUUGAGGCAUCUCAGAAGAGGGUCAAAGAAGAAAAACAUGACCUGGAAACAGAAAACGCCGGGUCAUUGGGAGACAGAGCGGGAGAGGACAGGAAUUUUGAGGCAUCACAGAAGAGGGUCAAAGAAGAAAAACAUGACCUGGAAAUGGAGAAAACCGGGUCAUUGAGCGACAGAGAGGUGGAGAGGAAAGACGAAAGGGACUCCAAACAAACUGAGGAAAUGAAGACGGAGGAGGAAGAGGAGGAGACAACCAGGAAAGAAAAUGUAGAUGGGGACAUGGGUGAAGGAAAACCACAAGAGGAAGAAGAUUUGAUAAAGAGGAAAGAGGGAAAACAGGAGAAAGAGGAGGAGGCAACCAGGAAAGAAGAUGGAGAUGGGGACAUGGGUGAAGGAAAACCACAAGAGGAAGAAGAUUUGAUAAAGAGGGAAGAGGGAAAACAGGAGAAAGAGGAAGACAGAACCAGGAAAGAAGAUGGAAAUAAGGACACAGACAAAACAAAACCACAAGAGGAAGAAGAUUUGAUAAAGAGGAAAGAGGGAAAAGAGGAGAAAGAGGAAGAGGCAACCAGGAAAGAAGAUGGAAAUAAGGAGAAAAACGGAACAAAACCACAAGAAGAAGAUGCGCUAAAGAACGGAGAGGCAACAGAACUGAUAACCACCAAGAACAAAGGAGACGGAAAUAUAGACGGAACGAAAACGCAAGUAAACAAAAGAACGCUCGACUGCAAGACCGAGAGUGCCGAGAAGAGGAGGCGGAAGACCACGAAGGAGGAGGAGGAGGAGGAGCAGAAGGAGAAGGAUUUAGAAGAGUUCCUUUCCUCCAUCCGUGAAGAAGAGGAGAUGGAGGAAAAUGAUAAGAGGAGGGAGGAGGAAAAAGGGUCUAUAUGCGAUACGAAGACAGGGGUGACCGAGGAAGACAAGCCUGCCGAUGAGCCUCCCAAAAUGCUCUCUUCUAAAAAGCUCAAGCGGUUCGGAAGAGUCGUGAUUGUGGGUGACGCGCGCAUGUCCCUCCUUGCGACCCCAGACAUCCAAGAGCAUCUGAAGGUGGUUGAUCAGGUGCUGGUGGACCCGGAACUCUCUCUACCGGAGCUGCUGAAGGUGGUUGAGAAGGAGGUAGUAGUGAAGAAGAAGAAGGAGGAGGAGGAGGAGGAGGACGCACAAGGUACCCUAUUGCUGUGCCUGGCGGGGCUUCACCAAACACUUGUCCAGUUACAAGUCCCCAAGGAAUGCCAGAGUUGCGGAGAUUUGAGCAUGAAGGAGAUGGUCUGUGCCGUCAAGAACAAGAAAUUCGACUUCAACCUCGUGAACUUCCUGACGAGGAGGAAGAAAAUGGUCGAGAAGGUCCUUGGGAAUGGCUCCAGGGUCCUCUUCUUCCCUGUGCUGCCCGUGGACAUGGGAAACUACAACGCUAUACAGGCUAAGGAGCACUUCAUCGCCACGGGCCACGGCACACCACACGCGGCCAAGGCGGAGACUCUAGACCACCACAUCCUGCAGAAGUUCAAGGACGCCGUGGACAAGGUGAACGGCCCCUUGUACCCGUCGCUCAGCCUCGUCCCGUUCACGUUCAACAGCGCCGCGUCGUGUCGGAGGUUCACGGACGAGCUCCUCCAGGACGGGUACAUGCCCACGCUGGACCUGGUGGAGCGCUACAUCCUCCCGCAGCUGCAGCGUGCCAUCCGGGUCACCACCAAUCUCAGGUUCAGCCAGGUGGUGGUGGUCGGUGACAGGCUCCUUGGGCGGAUGGUGGCUCGGCAGCAGAGGGAUUGUGUCGAGCGGAGCAGCUUUGUCCUGCAGGAACACCCGGGGCUCAGGAGUCUCACCCCCGACAGCCCCGCCAUGAAGCGCCUCUCGGGGCUGUCCAGGGCGCUCGUCUUCCUAAGUGUGAGCUUUGCUGACAUGACUCCCCCGUCCGAGCACCCCAAAGACCCCAAGAAGACCAAGUGCCCCUUCCCGUACGACACUUCCGAGGCGUUGAGACACUUCACGCAGGAGGCCAAGAGGGUGGAGAAGCUGCUGAGGUCCGUCACACACCACUGCACCUUCAUCACCACCCCCAUCCUCCCCUUUGACAGCCUCCUCCUCAGCAUGGACAGCAGCAGGGUGGGGAGCAAAUCAGCAUGUCCACAGAGCAAGACCAUCACCAGGCUGCUCAAGGAGAAGGUCAAGAGGUUCAACAAGGAGGUGUCACAGGCGAACAACAUCCCCUCCUGGCACUUGGAUGAUGACCUGCAGAAGUUGGGCGCCACGUCGAAAUCCAAGGACAAGAAGGGCAAGAACAUCCACCAGGAGAGUGUCGUCGCAGCUGCCGUGUCUUGGGACCACUACCUCGGCUCCCUGCAGUCACUCAACAGGCUGCCAAGGUUCACGACCAUCACCUCGGCUCUGGACAACGCCAAGUAUCUGUCGGAGCCCACCACAGGCACACACAGGGACUCGGCACACCGCCACAGGUGCAGGGACAAGGAGCAGAGACACGCCACCCGCAGCAGGAGCAGGAACAGGAGUAAGGAACGCGCACACAUGAAACGCAAAACCCGCAGCCGUAGCAGAAGCAGGAGUAAGGAUCGCAAGCAGAAAACUUGCAAAACCCGCAGCUGUAGCAGAAGUAGGAGCGAGGAGCGCAAACUGAAAACUCGCAGUCGCAGCAGAAGCAGGAGUAAGGAUCGCAAACACAAAACUCGCAGAACCCGCAGUCGAAGCAGAAGUAAGGAACUCAACCCCACCAAUCGGAAACCCUGCAGCCGUAGCAGAAGCAGGGAGAGGAGCGGGAGUAACCACAGACACAAAACCCACAGUCGCAGCAGAAGUCUGAGCAAGGGACACAGACACACUCGUAAAACCCGCAGUUGUAGCAAAGACAAGAAGGCGAAGCGGAUAAACGUGAACCGUCCAUCCAGCCCGGGACUAGUCGACAUCAUCUCCCCCGCCUCGUCGCCAGUACCCGAGGGCGACAGCAUGGAUUUGGACAACGUAUCCUCGGGUGACAUCACUAUCUCUUCAUCGCCCUGCUCCAGCAUCAACAGCCCUGAGAACUUCAUCGACAGCAGUCCGUCACCUACCCCCGGCGACACCCCAGACAUUAGACCUCUCAUGGCGGAUAUGCAGCCCCCUAGUGUAGCCAUGGGGUCUAAGUACAAGUCACCCAGCCCUCAGCGGUGGAAGUCAGCCCUGGAUGGUCUCCGCGCACCCUUGCUGAAAACCCCGACAACCUUGGACCCGAAAAUUACCGGUCCCAGAAGUAAAAGUCCGAAGGUGCUGAGAGGGAGGAUGUCGCAGAGCGCUUCCCCUGCCAAGAACAGAAGGUCCCUCAGCCAGUCCGUGCAGUCUACCUCGAGGGGUAAGAGUCCUAAGAGUCCUCUCGCCAGGGUCAGGUCCAUCUCAAGAGGCCGGCGAUCUGUUUCAAGAGGCCGGCGAUCUGUUUCAAGAGGCCAGCGAUCAGUUUCAAGAGGCAGACGCUCGAUCUCAAGAGGCAGGUCAUUGUCAAGAGGCAGAAGGUCGUUGUCAAGAGGUCGCAGGUCAAGGUCACUGUCAAGAAGUAGGAGGUCCAUUUCAAGAGGACGGAGAUUGCUUUUAAGAGGUCGGAGAUCGCUUUCAAGAAUCAGAAGAUCAAUUUCCAGACUCAAGAGGUCGCUGUCGAGAGGGAGGUCGAUUUCAAGAGGACGAAGAUCAGUCUCAAGAGGAAGAAGGUCAGUUUCAAGAGGCAAAAGAUCAGUUUCAAGAGGACGAAGAUCGAUAUCAAGAGGCAAAAGAUCAGUCUCAAGAGGAAGAUCAGUUUCAAGAGACAAAAGAUCACUUUCAAGAGGACGAAGAUUGACUUCAAGAGGCAAAAGAUCGGUUUCAAGAGGAAGAAGAUCAAAUUCACGAGGCAAAAGACCAGUCUCAAGAGGAAGAUCAGUUUCAAGAGGACGAAGAUCGAUUUCAAGAGGCCGAGGCAAAAAAUCGGUCUCAAGAAGAUCGAUCUCAAGAGGACGAAGAUCGGUUUCAAGAGGAAGAAGAUCAAUUUCAAGAGGAAGAAGAUCGAUUUCAAGAGGAAGAAGAUCAGUUUCAAGAGGACGAAGAUCAGUUUCAAGAGGAAGAAGAUCAAUUUCAAGAGGAAGAAGACCGGUCUCAAGAGGAAGAAAAUCAGUCUCAAGAGGAAGAUCGGUUUCAAGAGGAAGAAGAUCAAUUUCAAGAGGAAGAAGACCGGUCUCAAGAGGAAGAAAAUCAGUCUCAAGAGGAAGAUCGGUUUCAAGAGGAAGAUCAGUUUCAAGAGGGAAAGGAAGGUCGCGAGGUCAGCAGGACUCCGAGCGGAACACCUUGGUUCAGGACGCGCUCAUCACCCUUCGCGAGGUCCACGACAAAGAGUGCGAGAUGUACCGUACCAACUCCUCCCUCCACCCUCUCAUCGGCUUCGAGUACGAGCGUUUCUGCGAGAAGAAGACUGGCAACAUCCUGGCCCUUGGUGGCGACCCCUCACAAUACGAUGUUACCGAUGAGUGGAGGAUCUUCUGGACCAAGCGCCUCGAGGAACUCCUGGAACAGUCCUGGGCAGUGAAGAUGAAACAGUGUCUUGAGGUGUUAUCAUCCGGCAAAAAGUCUCGUCGUUCCUCCUCCUCCUCUUCCUCUUCCUCAUACUCCAGUGAUAGCUCUCGUUCGGAUACCCAGGCCAGGAAGAAGAGGAAGAGAAGGAAGAGGAAGAGGAAGAGAGAGGAGAGGACCCAGAAAUAUCUAGGAAGCCACUUCGCCAAGAAGCAAAAGUGGGAGAGUCCAGUGAUAGACUACCCAGUGACUAUGCUGCCGGACAUGACCAAACUAAGCCAGGAGGUCGAAUACAAAGAGAGUCACAUGCCGAGCCUUCUGGGGAGUGCCAACAGGGACGGACAGCGACGCACACCACUCGACAACCUCACGCAGCCACCGGUCCGCCAGCCAGGCCCUCCGUCGCUGGUGGAGGCCAUGAGGGGAGGCUUGGGACAGAACAUAGCGAAGAUGCAGGAUGUGGAGGGUAAGUGGUACCUCCCAAGUGCUCCGGGAGUGUCCGAUCACCACAAGAAGGAUAUGAGCAAGUGGUACUGUUUGAGCAUGCAAGGACCUUCAGAGAGCAUGGAGGAGGUUCAGAGCAGAGGAGAGGAGGAGGAGGAUAGUGGGCAGGCUCCGGGUAGCUGGCGCCAGACCCUCUCCGGUGCCCAACACACCACAGAGCACAGUCGAAACUUUAUCCCCAUGGACGAGUUGCUUCACGACGAGAUGGAUGUGAUGGAGGAGGUGGGAGAGGAGCUGGACGAGGAAACAAUUCCACUGCCGAGCCGACCUGUCAGGGACCUGUGGAUGGCCAUCUCAGGUCGGCAGGCACUUGGUGAUGAUCCUCAGUGUGAAGGGCGCAGCGACCAGCACCAGGCAAGGGACGGCCAGGCACAGCAGAGUGGCCCCACACGGCCUGGUCAGCGUGGGGACGCCUUCAGCCACGGGGCGGGGAAGGAGAUGCAGGGGGCCACAUACAGCACCAGCAACAGCGGCAAUAAGCAAGGCAUCGCAGAAAUGUUCAGGUCCUUCGCAGCAGCUGAGCACUCCACCACCACAAUCACCGCCACCACCACCUCCGCCACCAGGGGUGAGUCCUCCACCACAGCGCUGGGGAAGGCCGCCAAGGUGGACGUGGACGUGGUGAAUGUGCUGGAGGUCCUGACGCACCUCGGGGACAAGCUCGGCACCCUCUUCCCGUCCCUCAAGCUGCUGCACCAGCGGGCGGUGGAGCUGCAGGACAGUGGCGUGGACCCCAUCGUGGUGGUGAGCGACAUGGACAACAAGUUCCUUCUGGAGAUGAUACGGGAGAAGCUGCGCCGCAUCCUCCAGGACGGGCAUCUCAGCGUGAUCAAGAAGGCCAUCGUUGAGGAGGCGGAGCAGCGGCUGUCCUUCCUGCUGGCCCGACAGACCCAGCAGACCAUCCUGGGGGACAUCAGCCUCAGCCACCUGGCCCGCCGCUGCCUGGACAUGGACGCCCCCGCCACCGUCGCCUACAUCCGCGAGGUCCUGCGGUACCAUGGCCAGCCGAACCCCUCCCAGGACCAGCUCAUGAAGGCGUACAUGGCAGUCAAAGCGGAGCAGCUCAAGAUCGUCCGGGACCAGCAGGACGACUUUGCCACCUCCGCCAAUGACCCCAAGCCGCCCCAGCACACGAACCUUGGCGGGGGCAGUGCAGGGCUGUCCCGAGCUACAGCCUUCACCGAGGAGACUAAGUCAUCACCACACGCACGCUUCUCAGGGGACACUCAAGCACCUGUUUCUGACCCCCUCAAGCGACCAGGAUACCUACACUUCCUCAGGUCCAGAGACAGUGUAGGGCCGCCACCACCUCCUGCUCUUACCAUGGACCCCAAACGACCAGCAUACGCCAACUACGUAAUGUCCGGAGGCAGUGUACAGUCCCCUGAGGCCCCCGGUCAACCCUCACACGCACUCUUCGCAUCUGUCGAGGGGAGUGUACUUCCAUCACCCACUCCAACUGUUCCCAAGGGCCCUAACCAAGCCUCACAUGCACUCCUCGCAGGGGCCGUGAGCAGCGCAGGGCAGUCACUCCCUCCUGUCGUCAUAGAUGCACUCAAGGUUCUCUCAGACAUGAACGUCCUUGCACCCGGCAGCACUGUACUCCCGUCACCUGCUCCUGGUAUCAGCGACCCCCCCAAGCUACACCCACGUUCACAGUUACGAGGGGCUGCGGGUGGUAUGGGGCCGUCACUCUCUGGGGCCUCAAAACAACCACCACAAGUUCAGAUCUCCCGGGGCGCCACCAGCCAGCCUCCACGACCACUCCACGGCCUCCUGCCAACACCCAAGGCUCACUGGUAUGAUGCCGUGAUGCCGAGGGGUCCUGAACACGAGAACUCAGGCCGCUGGGGCAGGUGGAACACAGACCAGACCAAGACCGGGUCACCCUCCACAUCCCACUUCACCUCCACCCACUCUGCCGCCACAACACGCGGAGGGGAGGUCACGUAUCGACAGAGGUCACCGAAACGGGUCGCGAAGAAACCGAAACCAAUAUGUAUCACUCUCCCGAAGAAUCAACCGCAGAAGAACUUUGUCGGGGUGAUUAACCCGCUCGGAGACGACACGGAGGAGGAAUAUGAAUGUGAGCCCCAAGUAUCAGGACAUGGUAGGAAAGGGUUUGACAAUGGGUUAAAAUGCGUGUUUGAAGGAAUAAAAAUGUGGGUUCUGGGACGGACUGGCUCUCCCUCCCGCCUUGACAGCAACCAACCUCCCUCACCUUUUCCUUCUGUUUCGCCUCCUUCAGCGACCCCCGAGCCUCCACAGCCUGUCAGAAUAAAGAAAACGACAAUGGCAGAUUCAAAUACAGGGAAGGAGACCAACAACCUCGACCCACAGCCCAGCACCAGCAGAAGCAGAAGCAACAGUAGCAGUAGUAGUAGUAGUAGUAGUAGCAGCAGUAGUAGCAGUGAUAAGGGUAGUGUAAAAAGUAGUAGUAGUAGUAAUUCUGUUCAGAGUAGAAGUAGCGUUAAAAGUAGCAGCAGUAGUAGUAAUAGUAGUAGUAGUAGUAGAAACAGUAGUAAUGAUGGUGAGAUUAAUGGGAGUGCUGAGGGCCCUUCUGCAGCUGAUUCUGAGGGCCCUUCCGUGGCUGACUCUAAGGUCCCUUCCAUGGCAAGUGCUGAGGUGCCUUACGUAACCAAUGCUGAGGCCCCUUCUGUGUGUUAUUCUGAUGUCUCUUCUGCGUCCGAUUCUGAGGCUCCUUCCGUGGCUGAUUCUAAGGUCCCUUCUGUGGCUGAUUCUAAGGCCCCUUCCAUGGCAAGUGCUGAGGUGCCUUACGUAACCAAUGCUGAGGCCCCUUCUGUGUGUUAUUACGAUGUCUCUUCUGCGUCCGAUUCUGAGGCCCCUUCCGUGGCUGAUUCUAAGGUCCCUUCCGCCACCAAUACUGAGGUCACUUCUGCGUCCAAUUCUGAGGUACCUUCCGAGGAUGAUUCUGAUGUCCCUUCCGUCGCUGAUUCUAAGAUCCCUUCCACCAACAAUGCUGAGGUCACUUCUGCGUCCGAUUCUGAGGUCCCUUCCGUGGCUGAUUCUAAAGUCCCUUCCGCCACCAAUGCUGAGGUCUCUUCUGCGUCCGAUUCUGAUGUCUCUUCCGAGGCUGAUUCUGAGGUCCCUUCUGUGGCUGAUUCUAAGGCUCCUUCCGUGGCUGAUUCUAAGGUCCCUUCUGCCACCAGUGCUGAUGUCCAUUCUGUGUCUGAUUCUGAUGUCUCUUCUGCGUCCGACUCUGAGGCCCCUUCCGUGGCUGAUUCUAAGGUGCCUUCCGCCACCAAAGCUGAGAUCCCUUCUGUGUCCCAUUCUGAGGUCCCUUCCGAGGCUGAUUCCAAGGUCCCUUCUGCCACCAGAGCUGAUGUCCUUUCUACGUCAGAUUCUGAUGUCUCUUCUGUGGCUGAUUCUGAUGUCCCUUCCGUCGCUGAUUCUAAGCUCCCUUCCGCCACCAAUGCUGAGGUCCCUUCCGCUAACGACGAGGGAGAGUUCUCAGUGAGGAAGAUCAUCGACAUCCGUUGGGUCAAAGAUGAGUGUGGGCGGGAGGAGUCACGUUUCCGAGUGCGCUGGGAGAACUACUCUGCUUCCGACGACACCUGGGAGCCCUUGGAGAACUUGGAGGGUCUGAUUGCACUGAAGGAGUUCAUGGAUUAUUAUAAGAAGAAGCGGUUAAGGCGAGCCAGGCGCCUGAAGAGACUCGGUCGGCGUGCAAGCGAGGCGGACAUUCGCCACGUCAACGUCCUGAGUAAACACAUCGACAAGAUCUCCCAAAAGAGUGUGAAGAGAACCCAGCAGGGACAGAAUCUUUAUCGGGUGACGUGGCACGACGACGCGGGUGAGACGUGGGAGCCCGAGGCGUACCUGGCCCACGCCUCGGACAAGGUGGAGGAGUACGCCCACAAGCAGCGCAUCAAGCGGAAGAAAUCCUCGGCCAAGGUGUACGAGAGCGAGGCGGUGGCGGCGAAGGAGGAGAACCCGGACCAUGUGAGACGCCAGGAGGAGAGGAAGUUCUUUGAGAGAGUUCAGAAAGGGGAACUGGCACUUGAGGGCGACCUGUACACCCGGGUCAAGUCACGGCACGCCUCCUCAGCCUCGGCCAAGAGUCAGAGUGACACGCCCUCGCCAGCCACCAAGACCCAGACCAAGAGGACGCCUGCGAAGGGAGCCAGACCGACGCCUGUGAAGGGAGCCAGGCCGAGGGGCAGACCAAAGAGGAAGAAGCCCCCAUCAGACUCAUCAGACAACACGGAAAUGGCUGACAGAGAGCGGAGUGCGAGCCCAGUGGCCGGCACCUCCAGGCAGGCCGAUGACGAGGUGCACCGGCAGGAACAGGGACAGCCAGAGCAGGAGGAGGUUGUGGUGGGCAGGAUCAUCGCUGGGCUGCCAGAGUAUGACCCCGAGGAGAGCAAGGAGAUCUUCAAGAGGAUGGAAGAGCGAGUCGUCAUCUUGUCAAAGGAGGAGUUCGUGGACGCUGUUCGCCAGGACGACUACCAGCUGAUACUUGCCAGCAUGCGCAGCGGCAGCACCCCUGACAUGGACACGAUGACGCAGCUGUACCUGCAUGCGGUGCGGAGCGGCAUGACGGAUAUGGCGCUGCUGCUGGCCAGGCAGGUGCCGGACCUCACCACACAAAACACGUGGGGGGAGAACGCCCUCACCAUGGCCGCCAUGAUGGGGGACAUCAGGCUUGCCUACGGCCUGCUGGCGAUGUGCUUCCCGCUCAACGCACGCAACAGUGAGAACCAGACAGCCUACGAGAUCUCCAACCUCUACAUGCACAGGAGUUUCCAGAGAUUCUGCGAGAGCUUCAGCGUGGCGCACAACAUUCCUCUUGAGUGACUGCACUGCCCACCAAACACAGUGUUGCAUUAACCCAUUCCAUGCCAGUGCGAGGGUUCAUCUCGUGCUGGUUUUUUCUUUAGGUUUUAAGAAUGAAACUGAAAAUGUCUCGGAGGUGUGGCACUGAAUUACGGUAAAUUUUCAACAAAACAAUUGACAAUUAACACUUGGGAACAGAGACUGGCUGUGGCCCAUUGCUUAGGUGCUGAGGAGGGCAGUGAGCUGUUCCUGUCAUCAACCACUCCCUGUAUGACUGUUGAGACUGCACCUGUCCUUGCUGUGUGAGUCCGAGUAGUUCUGUGACACUGCAAACUUCCUAAUCUCAUGCUAGGAUGUCUUCUGUUGACCUGUAUCACUUCCUAGGUAGUUUAUAAAGUAUCAAACACUCCUUGGUCUCUUGUACGUAAUUUAAGCAAACUCUAGACAUGGUAGUGUCAGUUAGGUGGGUACCAAUGGUUAGACUAGCCAUUGGUACCAACUUCGACACAACACCAUGUCUAGAUUUCGCUCACAUUCUAUUCCAAUAGGUCAAAGCCGUUCGGUACCUUCUCCGACAGUUGCACUUAAAAGAACCUGCCGAGCCAUCCAGUUAAAGAUUCAGCCAGUAUUUUUGUCUUGACGUUCUAGGCAAGACAUGAUUUACAGUAUAUAUGGCACGCUGAACACACACACACACACACCUACGUCUCCAUACAACAUGACCUUUAUUUGUGUAAGGUAACGCAUUGUAACUUUGCUUUUUAUUUUGUGGAGCACGACGUAUCUGUCCUAUCCAUCCACCUCCCUCACAAGGCAGUUGAACCAUAUAAUACUUUCCCUGUACAAAAAAAUAUAGUCUUCCACCCAGCGAUGUCAGAUUACUGUACCCAGGACAUCGUAUUUUCUGGUUUCCGAUUUUAACGAUAUCAAUGAUCAGUCCGACCAUGUGUUGAGGAUGACCAGGCAGUGUCACGGAACAACUCUGGUGCAACUCUCGGGCAUUCUACUUGUGAGAGGGAAUGGUUGACGCCUCUUGUUCUGUAAAUCUGCACACUAUCCUCUUUGGCAUCAGUAUCCUUAAACAUAACACUCGUAAACUCUUUUGGUCCUAUAAACGUAGUCAGAAAGUAUAAAGCUUAGGUUAGUUAGUGUGGCCUUAUCAUUUUUUUUCAUGCAUUCAUCUUUGACAUCUUUGAAAAUAUAAUGCUUUGCUUAAAUCCUGUGUGGCCUUAUCAUUUUUUAUUUCAUUCAUUCAUCUUUGAAAAUAUAAAAGCUUUGGUUAAAUCCUGUGGCCUUAUCAUUUUUUUUUUUCAUUCAUUCAUCUUUGAAAAUAUAAAAGCUUUGGUUAAAUCCUGUGGCCUUAUCAUUUUUGUUUCAUUCAUUCAUCUUUGAAAAUAUAAAAGCUUUGGUUAAAUCCUGUGGCCUUAUCAUUUUUUGUUUCAUUCAUUCAUCUUUGAAAAUAUAAAAGCUUUGGUUAAAUCCUGUGGCCUUAUCAGUGAUGCAAAACUAUCUGCAUGUGUCAAUGAUAAUUCAAAGGUGAACUUUUGCUAACGAAACUGUGAAGGCAAUUGUACCAUAUAACAUUUCUCCAGUACAAGAAAGAUAAAGUCUUCCACCUCCCUCACAGACUAAAGGGCAAUUGUACCAUAUAAGUGUUUCCUGUACAAGAAGAAUAGACUUUCAGCUCCCAAACAAAACUGUGAAGGCAAUUGUACCAUAGAACAUUUCUCCAGUACAAGAAA